AUGAACGACGAUAUGCGCGUCUAUGACAACCUGAGCGUCCUGGACUUCACGGAGAAGGCUCGCCCGUCCAAGGCGGCCUCGGUCCCCGACGCCAUCCUCGCCGACCGCGUGCGCACCCUGCGCCAGGCCCUCGGCGUCGGGAGCGUCCAGAGCUCCCGCGACCUCCGCAAGACGGUCCUGCUGCGCUCGGCUGCCGAGGCGGCCGCCACCAGCAAAGCCCGCGGGCAGGACCCCCUCGACGCGCGCUCGACCGUGUCGUCCGACGGGGACAGCCCCCGCUGCUCGGAGCCCGCGAUGCGACGGACCAUCCGCCUCCCCAGCACCGGCAUGACCCUCGCGAUCGACCCCUCUGUCGUCUGA